AUGCGCGCCGAGUGGGCAACGAAAGGAUCCGGGGACCCCGUGCUAUUGGGAGCGGAGGAGUUAAUAAAUGUCAAACCAUCCCUACCGAGUCGCAGUCCAAGGCCGCACCAGGGUACACAGGCGCCACAGCGAAAAUUAGACCAGUUUGAGCAGGAUUGGGGCGGUCGAGUCAGACCUUUGUGCCUGUGGACACGCGAGGGAAUCAGUGGAACACUUUCUUUUCCGAUGCGUGAGAUGGACAGCUCUGAGGGAAGACAUGCUGCAAUGCACAGUGGCAAGACGAGGAAGCCUCUCAUUCUAUCUGGGAGGGAAAGCGCCAUCAGAUACAAGGCAUUGGUCACCAGAUAUGAAGGCAGUCCGGGCGACGAUCAAAUACGCAAUGGCAACAGGAAGGCUGGAGCUGAAUGA